AGAGGACUGAUGGAAACAAGCAAGGCAGGUUUUUUAAAAAAUUGCGUUUAAAUACAUGUUUCGUCACCAUCCGUGUGCAAACAUGGAAAGUGCACUGAAGUUGUUCCCUCCACGAGGACUUUGUUUUUCUCACUUCACUUUGGGAUGCUACAUGACUUUUAUUGAAGGAAGUGUUUCGAAGCAUUGAACCCCAGCAUGGCGCUAAACUGGGUUUUCUUCCUACUCCCACUCUGGGCAGUAGAAGCGGCCUUCUCAGGGGUCCUCAACGCCACCGACAGAGACGUUUUUAUGGAGGACUUGCCGCAGGUCCAGCUGGCCGGGGAUCGAGCGGCUGAGCAGCAGGCGGCGUUUUCCCACCCGGGUCUGUAUUUUGGCCCGGGGGACGUACAGCAAAUGAGGCAGAGGUCCUCCGGCAGCCACAGCCACAUAUUUAAAGUCAUCCGGGCGGCCGCGCUCACCAUGCUGUCCAAUGGACCCUCUUACCUGCCGCCCGCCAAGCACGAGGAGUUUACAAGCAAGUGGAACGAGAUCUACGGGAACAACCUGCCUCCCCUGGCGCUGUACUGCCUGCUGUGCCCCGAGGACUCGGCCGCCCUGCAGUUCCUCAUCAAGUUCAUGGACAGGAUGGCCGAGUACAAGAACUGGAAAGUGACCAGCGCGCCCCACGACGAGGUCCCCACGGCACACUCCCUCACCGGGUUCGCCACGGCGUACGACUUCAUUUACACCUACCUGGAUGUACAGCGGAGAGACGUUUACCUCAAGAAGAUCCGCUCGCAGACGGAGGUGCUGUAUGAGUUCUCCAAGUACAGGGGCUGGGGCCGGCAGUACCUCCACAAUCACCAGACCACCAACGUACUGGCCCUCCUGACCGGGGCCAUCGUGGUGGGGUCCCACGACGACCCGGAGUCUAUGCUUUGGAAACAAGUGGCGGUGAACUACAUGGAGAAAACCAUGUUCCUGCUCAACCACGUGGUGGACGGCACGCUGGACGAGGGGGUUGCGUACGGGAGCUACACGGCCAAGUCCAUCACACAGUACGUCUUCUUGGCACAGCGGCACUUCAGCAUCGACGACACGCAGAACAACUGGCUGGGGGCGCACUUCUGGUUCUACUACGCCACCCUCCUGCCUGGCUUCCAGAGGUCGGUGGGCAUCGCCGACUCCAACUACAACUGGUUCUACGGUCCAGAGAGCCAGCUGGUGUUCCUCGACGCCUUUGUCCUGAGGAACGGCACGGGGAACUGGCUGGCUCAGCAGAUCCGCAAGCACCGACCCAAGGACGGUCCCAUGGGGCCGUCGUCGGCGCAGCGCUGGGCCACGCUGCACACGGAGUACAUCUGGUACGACGCACGUCUGGCCCCGCAGCCUCCCUGUGGCUUUGGAAAAGCCAGCAUGCACAUUUUCUCCAACUGGGGCGUCGUGACCUACGGUGCCGGGCUGCCCAGCGGCCAGGGUAACACUUUUGUUUCUUUCAAGUCUGGCAAGCUGGGCGGCCGUGCGGUCUACGACAUAGUUCACGAGAAACCCUACACGUGGGUGCAGGGUUGGAACAGUUUUAACCCGGGUCACGAGCACCCGGACCAGAAUUCUUUCACCUUUGCCCCCAAUGGGCAGGUGUUUGUGUCAGAAGCACUUUACGGGCCAAAGCUGAGCUACCUUAACAACGUUCUCGUCUUCGGUCCGUCACCUACGAGUCAGUGUAACGCUCCUUGGGAGGGUCAGCUGGGCGAGUGCGUCAAGUGGCUGCGUUGGAACGACGAGGGGGUGGGCGACACCAGCGGCGAGGUGGUCGUGGCGUCGUCGCACGGGGACGCCAUGUUCACCAGCGGGGAAGCGGCGUCGGCGUACUCGCCCGCCAUGAGGCUGAAGAGCGUGUACAGAGCUCUGGUCUUGCUCAAUUCCCAAAUGCUUCUGGUGCUCGAUCACGUGGAGAAGGCGGCUGACUCGCCUGUGAGCUCGCUCAGUGCCUUCUUCCACAACCUAGACAUCGACUUCAAAUACGUUCCGUUCAGGUUCAUGGACCGCUACAACGGUGCCAUGAUGGACGUGUGGGAUGCACACUAUAAGAUGUUUUGGUUUGACAGCCAUGGGCGCAGUCCAGACACUCGCAUACAGGAAGCAGAACAGGCGGCAGAGUUUAAAAAAAGGUGGACUCAGUAUGUCAACGUCACUUUCCCAAUGACGGACGCUGUUAGCAGGGCAGCUUAUGUGCUCCAUGGGCCGUAUGUCAAAGUGUCCGACUGUAAGUUUAUAGAUAGCAGCAAAAAUGGCGUGAGACUCUCGCUGACAAUUAAUAACACAGAGACGAUAGUGUCCAUAGCGACCAAUUACAAAGACAUUGGGGCGAGGUCGGCAUAUUUAGGGUACGGCGGCCACUGCAAGGUGGAGGAUCGAUAUCAAAUCACUCGAUUCGGCCUCGGGACGCAGGCGGUCCCCAAACAGACGAGCGGCGACAAUCGGCUCUUUGACUUCGCCUUCACCCUCAACGUGAUGGUGGGCUUGAUUCUCUGCGCGGCGGCCGCCUUCCUCGCCGUGCAGAGGAGAUUUUACGAAGUGUGCUUCAGGCUGCGGCGGCUAAUGCGCUACGCCCUGCUCGCCAUCCUCUUGCUGUGGAUAGCUGGCCUGCUCUUUGUGUCCAACAGCUGCGAUCGGCUCCUCUGCGGGGUGAAGUGGAAAAGCGAGGCCGACCAGCAAAUGCGGGUCCCGGAGCAGCGCCAGUUCCCCCUGCCCACCGUCCUCAUCGCGACUCUGCCCGGCUCGGGGGCGGAGAUCCUCAAGCACCUUUUCUACAACAGCUCGGACUUCGUUUAUAUCAGGCUGCCCACCGAGCACUUGGACAUCCCAGAGACAGAGUUUGAGUUCGACUCCCUGGUUGACGCCUGCGAGUGGUCCCGGUCGGAGGCCAAGCGGGGGCGCUUCAAGAUCAUUCAGGGCUGGCUCCACUCGCUGGUCCACAACACCAAGCUGCACCUGCAGAACAUUCAGCUGGCAGAGGGGGAGCGGGCCUGGCCGGCCCAGCGCGGCGCCUCCGACUCGGACGCAAAGAAGCGCUCCAGGCGGAGGGAGCCGGCGGCGCCGAAGGGCAAGCCGCGAGCCGCCACGGACCGAGACGUGGAGUACAUCCGGGAGCUGAGGCGCCACGUGGCCGAGUACCCCAACAGCCGCGUUGUUCUGAACAUGCGAAGCGGGAGCUGGACGUUGAAGCUGCCUUUUAUCCGAGAGGUCGUGGGGCCUUCCCUGAAGACCCUCUUCGUGGUGAGGGACCCUCGAGCGUGGAUUUAUCUCAUGUUGUACAACAGCGAACCCAACCUGUACUCCUUGAAGAACAUCCCUCAGCACCUUUCCUUGAUAUUCAAGGAGGACGCCGUCAGGGAUAGCUGCCCGAGCGUAGCGCCGGAGUUUGACACACUUAGGGGGCUGCUGGCCCGUGUGGAGAGCGACCCGGUGCUGAUACUGGCCCACCUGUGGCUCGCCCACACCGCCGCUACGCUGCGGGUCAGCCGGAGCCUCCCCGAGGACUCCUACCUCCAAGUGCGCUUCGAGGACGUGGUCAACUCCCCGCAGAAGACGGCGGAGGGCAUCCACGCCUUACUGGGGGUGCCGGUGUCGCCUGCGGCCCUCAACCAGCUGGCGUUCACCACCUCCACCAAUUUGUACAACCUGCAGUACGAGGGGGACAUCUCACCGGCCAACAUUGCCACGUGGCGGCAGAAAAUGCCGCGGCGUGACGUGAGGCUGGUGGAGGAGGUUUGCGGGGGCGUGAUGAAGAGCCUGGGCUACGGCCGCUUGCCCGGCUAACUGCACUGCUGUUGUUGUUUGCACUGGUUUGAAACUUGACAUGUUACACGGUGAGCGGGCAGCAGGUGGUCACGAUAGGAAGUGGGGGCAUUUUAUAUUAAAAUGGAUGCGCGAGAACGUAUCAUUCACACUUACUGAGUGACGUGUGUGUCUUUAACGUCGAAUCGGGCAUAAUUGUUUCCGUGAUUCUUAGUAAGAAAGGACCAGCUUUGAGUCCUCAAUCUGUGAUGUCAGCAUCUGAUUUUUCGCUUCCGAAGUUACGGGACGCAUAUGACGAAACUAUUUAUUGACUCUUUUUGGUGAUUUUCUGGUAAGGGUAUGACGUGCAUUGGAGGAUAUCCUCAAAUGUCAGAGAAGAAAAAGCAACAGGUCUUAGGAACACACGUCCGUCAAGUUUGUGGGAUUCGAGCGACCGAGUAUCGGACAUCAGCUUCAAAGUCAUCAGGUGUCGGGUCACGAUUAUGGAAUUGUAAUAUCUGUCAAGUAUAUGGAAUUAUUUAAUCAACCAUCAGAAAAAUAUAGCCACAAGGCCGCUUUCAACAAUUUAUACGAGGGGUCCUCCGUUUACGACGGAGUUCCGUUUCGAUGACAUUGACGUAACCCGAUUCCGUAUGCAAGUUAUGCAGUCUAACGCAGUCAUGUAAAUAUUUGUAUGAAAACCACUUUUAGGCCAUGACUAUAAAACAGCCACAUUAAAAAAAAAAAAAAAAAAAAAAAAAGAACACAUUCUUACCUUCCGUGGUGGCUUUCACACCGGAAGGCUCGCAAACUAGUUCGUCGCAUGCCGUUCGUGACUACGAAGCGUCCUCGGUUCGGCACCGUUGUAAACCGAGGACACCUUUGCGACAUAGACGGUGGGCCGAGUGGUUUCUUUGCGAGGAAGUUCCGUCUGUUGGUUUGGAUGCGAAAGUUUUAGUAGUGCGCAGCCUUGCCGGUUCCAGAGACCCGUUGCUUUUUCACAUCUGACACCAGAUGACGUCGGAAAAUGCAAAAGGCCUCAUUCGGCCGUUUUAACGAGUGCUGCUUCCUUUUAAAAACAGGCUAAAUCGCUCCGUGGAUUGUAUUUUUUUUUUUUCUUUUCUUUUGUGUGGGGUUAAUUUGAAGAUGUCACGACUGUUUGCGCACUUUUGACUCUAGUUGGAGGGGACUAUUAAUGUACAUACUCCUGUCAUGGCUUAAGAUUGUUUCAAGUGUUUGUGGGUUUCAAAGACGUGUAUCACCCAAAAGGGGGGGUGGGGGUGGGUGCGGGGCGAAUAUCAUUCAUAUUCAAACUCCCUCUGACAUUUAUUGAAUUAGAUCAGAGGAAUGUGUUUAAUGGGGUUAAAAAAGAAAAAGGAGAGUGUCGCUGUCAGCUGUGAUACAUUUCCAGUCAAAGCAAUUUUCCACAGCCCCCCCCUCCUCCUGUGCUGAGGAGGGGGAGGUGCGCUUAUUACACUGUGGCAGUGCACGUGGCGCGUCGGCGUGCUUUGUGCGCUCUUGAGGCGCGGGGCCUCGAUCCCGAUGCUUGUCUUUUCAAAGGUGAUGUAAAGGAAAAUAAAAGAAA